AUGGGUGUUCGGUCGCUGUGGAGGAUUCUCAAGCCUUCUGCAGAAAGGGUUGUGCCGUCUGGAAUAAGACUUGCUGUGGACACAAGCAUCUGGAUAUGCCAAUAUGGACACUUGGGGAGUGACGACAUUGUGUACUUUUUUUCCAAAAGAGUCAUCAAGCUGCUUUACCAUGGAAUCCAGCCAGUAUUUGUGUUUGACGGAAGAGCUCCGGAGAUCAAGCGCCAAGCCAUUCUGGAGAGAAGAAAGAGGAGCAACAGGAGCUCGAUAGUAGCGGUAGACAGAAUGCUUAGAGGCAGGCGCGAUGAGGAAAAGGGGCACGAUGGGCAUAAGCCUGUUAUAUUUGGAGAGGGUAGAUAUAACUGGGGAGACUUCUUUGAGUCUGACUCUGAUUCAUAUCUAUUUGAGUAUGAGACAAGCUCGAGUGAAGAUGCUCUUUCUUCUGAGCAGGAGGAGCAGCGUGAUGGAUUGGAGCCAAGUAUAAAUUUUGAUUUCAUUGAGUCUAAAGAUUUAUCGAGAACACAAAAGCUUAAAAGACUGGUUGAGCUGAGAGGCCGAAGAAAGGAGAUAAGAACAAGGGGUGGCACCAACGACCCAGACACUUUUUCACGCCUACAGAUUAAGAACCUAAGAACACGGAACCUUAUAAGUCACAAUAUAAAGAUUCUGGAGGAGAAAGGAUACAAAAGGGUUCACGGGGAUUGCAAGUCUGUUUACAAGCUUACAAAGAAGUCUGAUGGAAGCAAGAAUCCCAUAGUGAAGGAUAUUGAUAGACCUGCAGACAGAGAGUCAUCCUGGAAGUCAGAAUUGUGUAUGGAUAGUGAUUCAUCUUCACAGGAGGAUGAAAUGUGUAUAGGUAUUGAUCAAUCCUUGGAACAGUUGGAAUCUUAUCCAACACUUAAAAGCUUGGUCGAUAAGCACAGAGUGUUGGAGGAUAGUCCGAAGGAGAAAAAUGAAGACACUGAAGGGGCAAACAAAAUUGAUGCCGAAAGAGUGUCUUCUAUAAGCAGUGUGAAGGAAAGGAUGAUGGGAGGAUUCUUUGUUUUGGAUGACGGUACUGAAUCUUUGCCGGAGAGUUCUGAGAGAUGUGUGGAAGAAAGGCAUGGUAGCCUCUUCGGAAGUAGAAAGGUCCUUGGUGAGGCAGGGCAAGAGAAUCGGGAUAUUUCUAGGGCACUAAGAAUCAUCAAGGAUGUGCUCGAUGUGUUCAACAUCUCAUAUGUGGAUGCACCUACGGAGGCGGACUCUCAGUGCGGGUUUAUGUGCUAUUCCAACAUUGUGGAUGGAGUGAUAACCGAAGACAACGAUGUUCUGCUUUAUGGUGGAACUAUCUUUAGAAACUUCUUUAGAAAAGAUAGGGAAAUAGAGAAGUACAGCCUGGAGAAGAUUGAGGAAGAGCUGAAGCUUGAUAGAAAGAACCUGAUUGAGCUUUCACAUCUUUUAGGAAGCGACUAUACACCCGGGGUUAGAGGGAUAGGUCCUGUUAAGGCUCUCGAUGCGGUCAGAAAGGGAACUGUAAGAGAAGAAGAUGUAAAGGUGCUGAUGGAACUAUACAUGAACCCAGUGGCGGCCGAUGUGAAGGGCAUUUUGGAUCCCGUUAUAGAUAAAGACAAAAUAAGAAUGUUCUAUAAAAAUAGUGGGGUAAGCGAAGGAAGGAUAGAUGGGGUGAUGCGGUUUCUCUCCAAUCUGAAACUUGCAUGA